UAAGAAGCGGAUUAAGAAGGCCCAGCAGUAGUAGUCGAAGUUGCAAAUGCCAGAGAGGUGCUUGCAAAGUAGCAGACCUCCCGAAACUUUGCAAAGCGUAGCUGUUGGUGCUGCAAAGAUUCAACGAGCUCGAUACGUUCGUUCCUAUCUUUUUCAAGUUCCCACGAAGGUUGGCGUUGAGGCUGAGCUUGGUUUCCAGCUGAGUCUCUAACUCUAUUCGUGAAAUGCGUUCGAAAUUGCCCCAGCUGGUCAAUAGCACACCUGCGUGAUUGUUUGUGUGCUGUUGCACCUUUUUGGAAGAUAGAGUCCUUUCUUGCUCUUCCCCGUGGGAAGAAAGCGUGCAAGUGUCAGACCUCUGGGGCAUUGGGUUUGCUCAGCUCGUGGCCAAAAGCAGCACACAGAUUUGAGUUUGCUCAACAGACGUCGGGCUUCACAGAAGAACUCACAUCGGUCGGGCUUCACCGGUCGGGCUUGACGCUCCGCUGCUCGCUUUCGGCUCAAUCUUGAAGGGCGAUGGCCUGGGCCGAGGUGAGUGCCCCAUUGCGGCCAGAGCCAACAGGCUGGCUGCUGGUAGCGCCAGGCCUUAGGCUGCUGAACGUCACAAGAGAGAGCCCGGGGGCUUCAAUGGGCCAGGAUGGUGGUGUCAGAGGAGAUCAAGACGCGCCUGGUUGAGUACGGCAAAUUCAAGAUCGUCAUCAUGGAUGCUCCAUGCGAUGAGAAUUCCCACUUGUAUGUGAAAGAGCUCAAAGCGUGUGGAGUGACUGAUGUUGUACGAACUUGUGAGCCAACGUAUUCACCCGAGCUUUUUGAGAAAGAGGGCAUUCAGGUCCAUGAAAUGACAUUUCCGGAUGGCGCUGCUCCUCCAGAGGAUCUGAUUCUCAAAUGGAACGGUCUUAUCUGCCAAAGAUACCGGCCAAAGGACCCGGCUGAUACUGGCGUUGUGGCCGUCCACUGUGUGGCCGGUCUCGGCAGGGCACCGAUCAUGGCAGCAGUCGCUUUGAUUGAGAUGACUGCGCUCGAACCCAUGGAUGCGGUCGAGAAAAUUCGUGAAAGUCAAAAAGGAGCUAUCAAUGCAAGGCAGCUGAAGUUUAUUCAGUCUUACAAGCGUAUGACCAAACCGGGUCCAAUUGGCCACUGCAACUGCGCAGUGAUGUGAGGAGCCGUUGAGAAUUAGGUCCGGCGUUGAACCCUCCCAGGGACAAGAGACUCAGGGAGGUUCAACGAACUGUGCACGAAGAUGCGAGGAGUAUGCUGUGAAGCCACGUGCUCAUUCUGUGAGUGUUUCUGGGCAGGGCAGGAACUUUCAC